AUGGACGCGUACCAGCACCAGCGACGCUUCGCCGGCGCCGGCGAUGCACCGCCGCCGCCACCUCACCCCUCCCACCCGAGUGCCCACUGGUACCCGGCGCCCCCACCUCCGUACCCUCCUGCCCACCCCGGACACCCCUACCCUCCGCAGCACCACCACCAGUGGGGCCCGCCCCCCGACCUGCAGCACCAGAACCAUCCGCCGCCGCCGCAGCAGCAGCCCUACGUGUACCAACCGCCACCCCCGCCCAUGGCGAUGCAGCAGCAGCCGCCCCCGCCGCCUGGGAACCCCUGGCCCCCUCAUCACGGCGCCGGACAGCACCCGCCGCCUAGCUACCCUCCUCCGCCGCCUGGGCAGGCUUGGACCAAUCACUCAUGGGCUCAGAAUCAUGGAUACCAAGGUCAUGGCAAUGAGGAAGAUUGGGCUACAAAGGCUAAGGCAUGGGUUGCUGCUAAAUCUGUUACGGGAAACCACCAGAUUCAACAGCAUGCCAUAUCCACAAGUAGAACUGAAGGUCAUCAUAAUGGUUACCAUGAUCAGUAUCAGCAACCAGCUGGUCUGCAAACAGAAGUUACAGAACCUUUGCACCCACCAGUAGCUCAAUCAAGUAAUGAUCUUGUGCCGUUUCCAAUGACAGGUCAACAGAGAGAAACAAACCAUUUAUUAGAUAGAGGUCCAAUGGUGUCUCCAGCAAAGAACUUUGGUUCAUUUCCGUCCACCUAUGAGCAGGAGGUAUCUUAUAAUUAUUCUUCUGCUCCAGGUAAUGGGAAUAAUAUGCUUCAAUAUCCAAACUCUCAAGCACAGUCAUUUCCAACCACCUCGUCUGUUCAAGGUGGAUUCCCACAGGCUCCCCCUAGUAUGCCUGUUCUUCCCUUGGCAGAACAGCCUCCUUUUGGGCAUGAAAAACAGCCAGUUGAUCCAAGUGACCAACCUUUGGAAUUUAACAGUAGGAAAGCUCCUGAUUUAGCAGUACAUAUAAAUGUCAAUUCCAAUAUCCCAGCUGCUCCAACACUAGCAUCUAAUCAUGAUGUAGCUGCAGCAUCUACACAUUCAUGGGCUCCGUCUGCUACAGUAGGGUUCCUGCCUCGAGCUCCUGUGCCACCACAAACAGCACAGAUGAAUCCUUCUGUGCAUGUUGCACCACUUUUUGGAGCAGCAUCUAGUUCUAGUUAUGUCCCACCUGCAGCAUUUGGUGUUGGUAGUGUAACAGAAGUGUUCCCUACAGAUCCAAACACUCCUUUUAGUGUUGCAGAAAAAUCAAAGAAACGUCCAGUACCUAACUGGCUUCGGGAGGAACUUUUAAAGAAAAAAUCGGCACCACUGAGUGCUUCAGCGCAAUACUCAGAAAACUUAAAUUCCAUGGAAGCUAAUGAUGCAGAACAAACAAUAGGAAGACCUGACCAAAGUGACAGCAAAAGUAAAUCCACUGAAGACGAUGAAGAUGAUGAGGAUGAAAUUGAAGCAGCUCGAAUGGCAGCGAUCAACAAGGAAAUUAAGCGUGUGUUGACUGAAGUCCUUUUGAAGGUUACUGAUGAUCUUUUUGAUGAGAUCGCAACAAAAGUUCUUAAUGAAGAUGACUCUGCUGAAUCCAAUGAACCCACUGGUGUUUUCGGAUCAAAGGAGCCUGGUCUGGGAGGAUCAAGAACCAAGACCUCGGCUAAAGUUGUUCUCCUUCUAAGUCAACCAAUGGCACUGAUCAUAAAGAUAGUGCUGGAUGAUGAUGAUGGCGAUGACGACAAUGCUGACGCUGAUGUCAAGGAUAAGAUACCAAUAUCAAAUUUAUCUUCUAAAGCUAAUGCUGGUGCUGUAAAUACUGAAGGUGAUAAAAGCACUCUUGGAAAGAGAAAUGGGAAUCAUAAUGAACAGAAUUCUUCACUUGGAAGUGCUCCAUCAGGGGAAGAUCUUAAAUCUAAUAACCAAAACUUCCGAAGGAGUGCAAAUGCAGAUCCUGAACAAAAGCAUAUUCGUGAUACAGAGAAUGGAGAGUUUCGUUUCAAGGCCAAAACUCAUACUGAGCCAAAGGGUGCAGUUGACAGAAUGGAUGAGAAGGCACAUAGGUAUGCAGAGGUAGAUAUCCAAAACAGAAAAACCUCUUCUGGCAAUAAUGCUGAAAAGCACAAUGAUUUGGAAAGCAGUCACAGGCAUUUAGAAAAAAGCAGCAAAGAAGACUUUGUUAAUGAGGUGAAGACUGAUCAUACAAAAGAACUCGAAUAUUCUAGAGCAGAAAAAUAUAACAAUGAUGACAAAUACAGCAUGUAUGGAAAUAUUGACAAAAGGAGUAGCUUCAAGGAGGGAAAAGGUUCUGGUAGGGCUGCAAAGCAUGAAUCCGAUACAAGGGAGCCACAUUCCAGAGGUAACUCUAAGCAUGAUGGUGCAAAGGGAGAUCGGAAGGAUUUUCCAAUGGAUAGAGAGAGACACAGAGAUACUACUGAUAGAAGAGGGGAAAAGGAAAAUAUGAAAAGGACGACAUAUCCAGGCAGAUGA